CAGAAUCAGGCUCAGGAGCAGAUCGUUAAGCAACCUUUCCGACGAGAUCUUCAACAACGAAUGUCUCCACCUCCAGGCCCCCCUCCUGCACCCCCCCCUCCUCCACCCCCUGUACUCUCAUCCACGUCGGUUUUACCAUCUAGCAGGUGGACAUCAUCCUAUAGUGAGCGAGAAGUCCGCACUACCGUACCUGCGCCGUCCCAGUCCCCCGCUCCCGGGUUGGACGCUCAGACAUUACAGCAGCACUUUUGGAAACCUAUUAACAGCGAUGAUCUGGGUUUCUUUUGCAGCACGCUGCCGCUGGUCUACGCAAGACCCAGUACAGUAGAUCGCUACGCGUCGACCAGCCCGGUGUACCCGAUGGAUAUGUGGAGUCAGAGGAUGUACGAUUGCCUGGACGAUAUUGGACGAACAGUACGUUCGAUGAGGCGUUGGAAUCAAAUAAAACCAGAAAAGCGGUAUGCUAGCAAACUGUUCCUGUGUUUUAGAUGCUAA